GCUUCAGUAACCAAACUGUACAGUAUAGUCUAGCAGUUUAGCUCUGAGUGAUUCUGUGAAAUUAGAGGAGAUAUUCCUGCAGCUGCUCUUCAGGGAUUGCUGUUGUUAGCGGGGAGAAAAAGGAGAUCUUGUGAUGUGUGUGAGUGUAUGUAUAUGUGAGAAGAUGCAGAGAGCAUUUUACUGAGUUCUUUGGCCACUGGGAAGCAUUGAAAGACAGAGAGAGUGAAGAGAGCAGAGGAGGCAGAAACAGCUGAAGUACAGAGCAGCUCUGGCUGUUUCCUAAUACUCUGGCUUUUUUGGGUGCCUCAGUCAAUGACAACAUGGAUUCUUUCACUGGAAUCUUCAUCAGGCUGCUGUAUUUGGCUGCUUUUCAUUACUGGAAUGUUUUAGUAGCAGGAAAUAAAUAUAAUUGUGAUGAUCAACUGGUGUCUGCCUUACCUCAGUCAUCAUUCAGCAGUUCAUCAGAGCUAUCCAGCAGUCACAGCCCAGGAUUUGCAAGGCUUAAUCGAAGAGAUGGUGCUGGUGGCUGGACUCCAUUAGUGUCAAAUAAAUAUCAAUGGCUUCAGAUCGAUCUUGGUGAAAGAACUGAAAUCACUGCUGUUGCUACCCAAGGUGGAUAUGGGAGUUCUGACUGGGUAACAAGCUACCUCCUGAUGUUUAGUGACAGUGGAAGCAACUGGAAGCAAUAUUGUCAAGAAGAAAGCAUUUGGGUUUUUUCAGGAAACACAAAUGCAGACAGCGUGGUGUAUUAUAAACUCCAGCAUUCCAUCAAAGCAAGAUUUCUACGGUUUGUCCCUUUGGAUUGGAACCCAAAUGGAAGGAUUGGAAUGCGGAUUGAGGUCUAUGGUUGUGCUUAUAGGUUCUUUUCCCUAUGUUCUACAAUAUCUGUAUGAAACUGCUGGGUGAGGUCAUCUGGAGAUUUGAGCUGGAUUAUCAACAAUAUUUGGAUGACACUUGUGCUUCUGGA